UCUGAGUCGGACAUCUUCGCCGGGUUUACUCAAGUUGAGUUAGACCUCAUUGCCAUUUAUGCUCAACCCACUCCGGACCUCAUUUUUACGUUCGACGACAUUCCCGAGAUUCCCCGUCAGCUUUGCUCUCGGUUCAAGGUUGAGGAGCCAGCCAGUACCCCUCUCAAGCGCAAGGUCAAGGAGACAGCUGAGACAGCCGACGCAAUGUCCGACAUCGAUGCCACCAGCGCCACCUCGGCUGCCGGCGAUCAGGCCAAUCCCGCCGCUGCUUUGGGUGACAAGAACACCGUUGGCCUUAAGAAGGUCAAGAAGCAGAAAGUCCUCCUCAUGGGCAAGAGUGGCUCUGGAAAGUCCAGUAUGCGAAGCAUCAUCUUCAGCAACUAUCUAGCUAGAGACACCCGCCGACUGGGCGCGACCAUUGACAUUGACCUCUCUCACGUCAAGUUCCUGGGCAAUCUGACGCUCAACCUCUGGGACUGCGGUGGCCAGGAGGCCUUCAUGGAGAACUAUCUCUCCCAGCAGCGUGCGCACGUCUUCUCCAAUGUCGGCGUGCUCAUCUACGUCUUUGACAUUGAGAGCCGCGACGUGGACCGCGACCUCGCCACCUACGUUAACAUCGCCAGCGCGCUGUUCCAGUAUUCGCGGGAGGCCAAGGUCUUUGUCCUCCUCCACAAGAUGGAUCUCAUCCAGCCAAGCACCCGCGAGGCCGUCUUCGACAACCGGGUCACUGUCAUCCGCAAGAAGACGGCCGAGGCCAUAGCGAUCGUGCGCAAACAGAAGCCCGACAUGGCGGCCGGGGCUUCGGCCCUCGCGGCCGUCGACCUCGAGAUGCAGGCCUUCGCCACCAGCAUCUGGGACCAGUCCCUGUACAAGGCCUGGGCCUCCAUCAUCCACGACCUGGUCCCGAACCUCUCGCUCAUUGAGCAGCAGCUCGCUAGCCUCGGCGUGGCCAUCGACGCCGAGGAGAUCCUCCUAUUCGAACGCACAUCGUUCCUCGUCGUCUCCAAGUGGUCCUCCACCGAGGGGGAGCGCAACCCCUUCGGCGACCGCUUCGAGCGCCUCUCCAACAUCCUCAAGUCGUGGAAGCACACGUGCUCAAAGUUCACCGGCACCCCGCGCAACGCCGAGCAGUUCACCGACUUUGAGUACAAGGCCGGCGCCAACUUCGCCCUCUUCAUCACAAAGUUCACCACAAACACCUACAUCCUCGUCUGCAUGCCCCCCGGCGAGGCCCGCUUCAACAGUGCGAAGCUCAACGUCUCCAUCGCCCGCUCCUGGUUCCGCUUCCUCGACGGGCCACCCACCGCCACUGUCGCCGCGAGUCCCGCCUCCUCCGGCAAUUCGCAGCAAAUUGCUGCUGGUGCUGCUGCCGGCGCUUCAGGCGCUGCUGCUGACUACAACGCCGCCGGCCCGUCCUCGGAAGCUUGAUUUGACUUGAUCCCCUUAUCCGCGGCCGCCCGGCCCCCAGUCCGACGAUCUUGUCUUUCUAAGAUCGCGGUUACGACGUUGAUGACUUCUGGGUUCCAUAGUUCUUUUUUUAACAACCAAAUAAGGGCAUCAUGCGGGGAAAAAAAAUCGGGAUCGGGUUUGCAUCGUUUGGGAGGUUUUCCAUCACCGGGUCAUGAUACCUAAACAUGGAGCAAGGCGUUUUUUUCUUUUUUUUUUGCUAAUAUCAUAGGUAGUUCACCAUGGGUCUUCAGUUAGGAUGGCCCCAAAUGGGUCUCGGGCCAAAUAAAGGGACAUCUGCAUAAUUCUAC